UGGGGCGGGGGGGGGGCGGCGGGAGCCCCAGCGCGAGCGGCGCCAGCGCGAGGACCCGGCCCGGCUCCCUCAGGUGCUGAAGGAUGGGUGACGACCGGCCCUUCGUGUGCAGCGCCCCGGGCUGCGGACAGAGGUUCACAAACGAGGACCACCUGGCGGUUCAUAAACACAAGCAUGAGAUGACAUUGAAAUUCGGCCCCGCUCGCACCGACUCCGUCAUCAUCGCAGAUCAGACCCCGACCCCGACUCGGUUCCUGAAGAACUGUGAGGAGGUGGGACUCUUCAACGAGCUGGCCAGCUCCUUCGAGCACGAGUUCAAGAAAGCUGCUGAGGAUGAUGAGAAAAAGCGCCAUCGAUCCCGGCUGCCCCCGCAGCCCGGCGAGCGCCAGGGGCUGAAGGACAACGGGAUCUCAUCAGAAAGCAGCUAA